AUGUUCUGUAUUAAGGGCCUGGGGCCCAAGCUGGACCCGAAGGAGAUGAAGCGGAAGAUGCAUAGAGACGUUCUCUCCUCGGUCCGCACGUUCCUGCUCUAUGUGGCCCUGCUGCACAUCACUCCAUACAUUUUAAAGAAGCUGGACAGCAUAUGAAAACACGGGAGAUUAAAGGAUGUCCUGUAUCGACGACCAGGUGGAUUGUGGCUGUUGUGCUACUGAACAAACUGCAAAGAAGAGGCUCCAUAUCCUAACAAACCGAUUCGUAUGUUUCUCAUAAAGAUGCCGGGAAAGCUAUAGAAGCGGAAGAAAGAAAACCAAUUACAACUUGUCACUGUUUUUCAUUUGUCAGAAUACUAUUUCUUUCCAUUGCUUCAAAUGUGGUCUUGUUCAGAGAGCCCUGAUUUGGGGAAAUCGUAAACAAAGUGCUUUGGGAUGGAACUCUUUCUUUGAUGUGUUGGAA